CAGUGAGAUGGCUGUAGGACAUGCACAUCCUUCAGGGUGGAGAGUUAGAUGAACUUUGUUUGUACCCUGUAUAAAAAGAGAGUAAAGGGCCAGUCACAUCGCCGUCACACUAAGGUACACAAUGCCUAGUGCAGUGUAAGCAGUUGGGUGAGCAGAGAGCCAGGGCUGUGCUGUGUGGAAAAUGCUAGUGGAGGCAGACAAUGCAGCAGUCCGAGGCCUGACCAGCCCUCAGAGGGACAGGGGUCGCCUCACUGCGACAACAGCCCCCGUCUCCCUCCCUUCUUUUACUUUUCGUGAAUUGCCACAGGAUGGGCUCGGGGAGGACGCUGAAGUUCGCCCUGUGCGAAGUGCUGCAGUUUGCAGGCCUGUGCGUGCCCCUCUUCAUCGUCAUGCAGAGGUUUGCCAUCAUCGUGGCAAAGGUCAAAACGUCAGCGCAGCCGCCCGGCGACGGCAGCACGGCCUACUGGUUGAUAGUGGCCUCCUCCAUCGCUUACGUCACCUCCACCGCCCUGCUGGUCUGGGUUCCCCUGAAGUAUAUGGUCUUCAUGAAGAAGAAGUUUCUCAUUGGGAGGAAGAAGUGGAGGCCAGUGGCCCUCGUAUAUGUGAUCCUGUCCACACUACCCUGCUUUGCCUUUCUCAUCGCCAGCUCUGAGGUUCAAAUAAAUAACAACAUGAAACACGAUACAUUCACGGAGCUCCCUGUAUCACUAGUCCUCUUCUCGCUCAUCUGUAUCGACGUGGUGGAGAGGAUACGCCACUGCAGACUGACCGGCCAGGCUAACGAUAUGGAACGAGAUGCUGAAAUCCCCUCCACUGUACUCACACAUGUGGAGCAGGUAACACCAGUAGCUCCUAUCACUCCAGCUGUGCCGGGGCCAGCUGUGCCCGGGCCGGGUGUGCCCACUCCUAUACAACCUGGAGCAAACCAGCUCAAUGACAGGAACCAGAACGGAGCCGGAGCUCGACCGGAGACCAACGGGACAGUCCCAGGACUUCCAGGCAACACUGGGAGGCCGUUCAGCAUCUCUGGACUGAGCUCCAGAUCGGCGAGCACCACAGCGUACCGCUUAUCUCCCUACGCCUACACGGGCCCUCUGAGGUUCCUGUGUGCCAGCGAUGCCCGAGCCGAUGUAUUUGUGGACAGUUUUAUGUUCUGGAUGGACACGGUGGAGAUGGUGAGAGUGGCAGGACAUCCUCUGGUCUACUACUCAGGCUGGGUGUUCCCCAUCUAUAUCUUCAGCUACCUGUCCUGCCUGCGUGUGGUGGUCAUGCCCCACAGUCCCCUGCUGUCCUCACUUGGAGUGGCCUUGCAGGAUUUACCCUUCUUCUUUGUGCGAGUCGGCCUCAUCGCCUUCUUCGGCUUCGUCACGCCCAUCCUGUAUCUGAUGAAGAACCUGUUGGUCUGUCUGGCCUUUGUCUAUUUCAACUUUAUGACCAAGCUGAGGGUCUUCAACACAGAGAGGAUGUUCUUUUGAGACCAACACUUCAAGGACGAACAUUUAAAGAAGUGGCAGGAGCAAAGGGUCAACAUAACCAGGAAAUGUAGGAUGUUGGGAUUCAGGAGAUGGUUGCACCAGCUCUUCAGAAGGCAAUGCAGAAUUAAAAUUAAAUGCACAUAAACUAGUCGGUGCAUAGAGAGUUCUAACUACAUAUAGUAACUUCCAGGUCAAACUAUUGUGCAGCUAACAUAGACUGUACAUAAAAGGCAGACAUAGCUAUCGUGAGAUAACCCACUUGUCUUUGAACUAAAGUUUUCAAGCUUGGUAUUUUGCCAUCACCAUCUUGUGGUCUUUUGAAACCAGCUGUAACAAGACGGGUGGAUUUGACUGUGAACUUGAGAAGCUAUGCAUGUUGAUACAGAAGUAAUGCGUCAAUCACAAGGUAGCUUUGCCUUACAACAUACCCUGCUUUAUACUUUAAAUGGGGCCAUUAUUUUAAGAAUUCACACUCUAUUGUAUUGAAGGAGAUUUGAAACGGUAAACUGAUACCAUAAACUCGUCAAGAUAAUGUUUACUGAGGCAAUUAAUAGAGUAAGAAGUCGGGUCGUUUUCUCAUUAACUUCUACACAAUCACACAUACUUUUGCAACCAGGAGUCGCCCCCUGCUGGCUGUCAGAAAGAAUGCAGUUUUAGUCACUUCACGUAGGCUUUCAGACCAAGAUGCCUUGUCGAUCUUUUAUACACAGUCUGUGGAGGGUUACUGAACUAACAGACAAGGCUGACAUUAUGUUGCUGAAACAUGAUGUUUGGAGUGAGGAGUAAAAGAGGCAGUGUAGAAUAUGGUCUACAAAUCAGACAUAGUCUUUUAUGAAAAGCUGUUUCAUAUGGAUCUAAAUCUGGAAAAAUGAGAAUUCACACAAGUAAAAUAGAUUAAUUUAAAUUGCAAUAUUUUAACGGAGUGGAUAUUAAUAUUGUAGAAUCUUAACUUUAACAUUUAAAUCAAUAAUGUAGGGUUUUAACUUCAACAUUUAAAUUUUCUAGGUAAAUUAAUUAAUUAAUCUUAUUUCUCUUUGAUUAAAUGUACUAUACAUUAACAUGGACUUGACUUUAUAAAUACAUAAUUUGCCCCGUGACAACUCUAAAUUUUGGAGGUUACACUACACCUUGUCAUGCUACUGUGACCUGUUUAUAGACUUUAUUACUUUUUAUUGCAGAUGUUUCCUGGAAAACCAUUUACACACCUAAAUACAUUUCUAAAGUUCUAAUGUUGCAGUCUGGUUUAGUUAGCCACUAGUUUUAAAUUAACCUUAGAGAACUUAGGAAGAGCAAUUAGCAAUAGAUUUAAGAAUAGCUGGUGCAACCAGACCUAGUAUGAAUUAGGGAAUGCGACAAAAAUGCAAGGAGAUAUUUUAGUUAAAAUGCAUGAUGGUACUUUCACAGGCCAAAAGGGAGCUCUUAGGCAAUGGAAAUUAUGUGUCAAAUGACUGUUGUGUUAUGUGUUAAUAACUUCACGUAUUUUUUUUACCCCUCAAAACCCCUCAUCCUUACCAAGCAUGGCACUUUGGGAAUGUAUCUGUAAUGUCACUUGAGAGUUAAUGAGCAGAUUUUUUUUCUACCAUCAUAAAGUGCAGUGAAAAUGUAAGCACAUAAAUCCAUGUUGUUUAUAUUAGGUUUUUCUUUGCUAAGUUAAAAUUCACGAAAGUGUGCGUUUGUUUCACUGAUACAUUUAUUUUGAUAAAUGAGAUUAAUAAAGAGAGUCAUUAAAAUAUAUAUUUCAACUUU